AUGCCAGCGUCCUGUGGUGAAUCUGUGAUAAAGAUCGAGUCAGGUCCAGCCUCUUGUGCUCUAGUCAUUCAGCAAAUACAUCUCCUGGGCACGAGACAUGUCCUACGGCAGAGCUUGGCCGGGGAGGAAUCAGAAGCAGACCUGCCUCUGGUGAAGCUCACACAGGAAGAAACUGAAAAGAAGUGUACAGCCAGUGAUUCAGCUACGGCUGUACGUGCAUCUGCUCUCUCUCGGAUCCUCUUCCGUGAGAGGUUAUCACAAGAUGUUGAAUGUCAUUCCUUGCGCUGUGACAGAGGGCACGAGAAGUCUGCCCCCCGAAGAGAACCUUCGCCCCGCAGGCGGCACCCCGACCUCAGACCGCCCGCCUCCAGGAUUGGACUCGUCUUUUUGAAGAACACACUCAGGCCAUCACCCAGAAACCUGCAGACACCUGUUGUCCACUCACCUGUGGCAGGUGGAUGGCCAGUGUUUGCAGGACCAUUUGUUGACGAGACCCGCUCUGCUCCCUUGUGUUGUCUUUGCUCCUCGGUCAAAGCUCAGGUGACCGAGGAGGGGGUUCCCUCCCAGGGCUCCCUAUUCUGCACGGACCUGCCAGCCUGUCCAGAGCCCUGCAGCUGCGCGUGGUCCCUCCUCUCGCUCUCUUCCUGGCCUGCAAUCCCGCGCUGGCUCCCCUGGGUUUGGGUUUCCGUGGAGUCCCACAGGCAAAGCCACCUCUCCGGCUCCCCAGGCCCAGCGCUGAGUGUGCAGGUGGGCGCCCACGUCACCUUCUCAAGAGUAUCUUCUCUUAAAGAUGCCUCCCUCUUCGGCUCUGCCCCGUCCCGCUCCUGAGUCCAGGGGCUCAGACUUUCACCUGUGGCCGGGUUAAGGCCUUCCCGGACCAUCGCUGUCGAGGCCACCCUCCCGUGUUCUCUGCAAAGCCCCACUUUCAUUUCCUUUCAUGUAUUUGUCGGAAGUAUCUCGCGUUGCCCGCUUCUGUGAGUUCACUCAUUAGCUAUGUGAUGGAUGGAAUAAGCUUCUGGAAGACUGGGGUUGCCUGUCUUGUGCUGGGCUCCGUUCCCAGCAUCCAGAGCGGCGUCUGCACACAGUGAACCCUCAGUAAAUCCUAGGGCUGAAGGCGCAAACGGGAGAGUUGGAGGAAAUUCUUCUCCAUUCAAGUUUUUUCCUGAAGAUGAGAAGACAGUCGGCUUCUAUCUGAAGAAAUAAUAUUGUUCUUUUCUCCUUCUCUGAAAAGCCUCUUGGGAACCCUGGAGUUCCAAGCUUUGGAAACCAAAGACAACGUCUGUGCUUCCUCCUGCCAGAAACCUCAGCUGCCAGGAGGAAAAUGCGCAGGGCUGGCGGCUGUAUUGAAUGGAUGGUAUGAAAACCAGAGCAGGGAACCCAGAACUGGCCCCUCUAGAGGCUUCCACUGCCUCCCCAAAGGUGUCCCUGCUGGUUCCUGCCUCUCAGGGUGGUGGCAGGAGGCCCAGCCUUUUCCAGGGCUGCUGGCUCAGCACGACCAGCGGGCCGGCCUGGAGCCUGUCCUGGACUCCUGUUCCAACAGGACCCGGCCUUCGGGCAACCCAGGAUGGGACUCUGCAAGCUGAGCCCCCGCUCCUGCCUCAGCCCAGCUGGGCAGGCUGGGGCCAGAACGCCCGUGCCCGGCCGCCUCCCUGUGCCCGGCCACGGAUGGAGUUCAAGGCGGCCUCCUCCUCCCUCUUCCGCAGGGACGGGGCCAGGGCCCCACGGAGGCCGAGCUCCCCUGAGUUCCUGGGCCUGCGGUCCCGGCAGGGGCGAAGCGGGGAUGGCGAGGACCAGAUCCGGGAGGCCUUUCGCGUCCUGGACGAGGACAGCAGGGGCUGAUCAGCGGGGCCGAGUGGCGGCCCGUGCUGACCCCGCUGGGCGAGAGGCUGAGCGACCAGGAGGGGGGACGAGGUGAUCCGGGCAGGGGAACUACGAGGAGUUCGUGGGCACGCUGGUCCCCAAGUGAGGCCGGGGAGCAGCCUCCGUGCCUCCUGCGCCCCCAGGCAGCGCGGACCCAGCUUUCUGCCCUCACCUGCCUCUCCUUUUCCCUGCCAACCUCCCUCCCUCCACCUCCCCCAGGCUGAAGGACGCGGUGCUCCCAACCCCGAAGUGCUCCCUCGCUCGGACCCAGGCAGGUCGCGUGCGACCCCGCCAGCCCUCCGUGCAGGACCCCUCAAAGGCACCUCCCGUGGCUGUGGGUCCCAGAGGGAGCACCCUCCGCCCUGGAGCCAGGCCCCCUGAGAUGCACCGCCGCCCUCACCCCGAUCGCUCGUUCCCUUCUGUCUCCGCCAAACACGGCGAUUCAUCUCCUGAAAAUGCGAGGCUAACAUGUUUAUACGCAUCUUCUAGGCGGGAACUUUGACUGACAGGGAGAGUGAAGCCGCGGGGAAUAAAGCACGGGCUCUGCGCUCCGAUCACCUUU